AUGGUGAGGCCGGUGUGUGUGGUGCCGGGCGCUGCUGCUGCCCAGGCGGAGCUGCAGAGCCCGGAGAGUUUUCCGUCGGAUGAAGGUUGGCCGUUUGCAAAGUACUUGGGAGCAUGCGGAAGAAUGGUGGCUGUCAAUUACGUUGGAGAAGAGCUGUGGAGUUACUUUAAUGCGCCAUGGGAGAAGCGAGUGGAUCUGGCCUGGCAGUUAAUGGAAAUAGCUGAGCAGCUGACAAAUAAUGACUUUGAAUUUGCACUCUACCUCCUCGAUGUCAGCUUUGACAACUUUGCAGUUGGACCAAGAGAUGGGAAAGUUAUCAUUGUAGAUGCAGAAAACGUUCUGGUAGCAGACAAAAGAUUAAUCAGACAGAAUAAACCUGAAAACUGGGAUGUAUGGUAUGAAAGCAAAUUUGAUGACUGUGAUAAAGAAGCCUGCCUGUCCUUCUCAAAAGAGAUUCUGUGCGCGCGCGUCACGGUGGACCACAACUAUUACGCGGUUUGCCAGAACCUCUUAUCGCGACACGCCACGUGGCGGGGCACCUCGGGAGGGCUGCCCCACGCCCCCCCUGCCGCCAUUGCCAAAGACGGCCGCCUCGAGGCCUUGCUGGACGAGUGCGCCAACCCAAAGAAGCGCUAUGGAAGGUUCCAGGCCGCCAAGGAGCUGCGGGAGUACCUGGCGCAGCUCAGCAACAACGUGAGGUAG